UCCUGUGAGUGCACAUGUCCAGUCACAUCCCUAGUCCUAAAUAAAAACCACUCAAUGAAAAGCAGGUAGACCGAACUUCAAAUACUAUUUCAUGACACAAAAAACGUGUUAAUCUCUUAUCGUAGAUUUCGUUACACCAAUAUUGAUACUGAUUAGUCCAUCUCGCUUAAUCUGAACAGUUCUAACGGUGUUAGACAAGGACGGGGCAAGUCAGUUUUAGUGUGGUUAAGAAAAAAUAUGUGUUCACGUUCAGUGUUCGUCGGUACACCUGGCGUGCGGGCGCACGGUCGAUAGCGCAUGGCGCGGCACUAGCCCGUUUUAAAAUUCGAACGCACCGAAUAUCGGGACGCCAAUCGCCGGCGCGAAUAUUGUCUCACCCGUCGACGUAGUGAUGUGUGUGUAAAUAUCGACAUCGAUAGCGGUGAUCGUGACAAACAUGAUGACUAUGGACAUCGGGAUGUAUAACAACCAGCAGAAUUAUGGCAGCGCCGAGUUUUACCAGCAGGGAGCAGCAUAUCAGCCACCGUACGAGGGAUACCAUGAGGGGUACUAUGAACCUCCGACUCACUACUACGAGCCGUUGCUGCACUCACAGCCGGGUCAUGAGCCCCCACCUCCCGUGAUCAGUACUGAUACUGGUCUAUGCUACACAAACCUAGACUAUGGUGAACUACAGCAGAAUUAUCAGUUACAUCCAAUUCAGCAUCACCCGGAGCCAUUUAAACAUAGAGAGGAGGUUCGCCACGAGGACAUGCACCUUCACGAGCAUAAAAUAGACAACCAUUACCUAGAGACAAAGUAUAACAUGCACUUCGUGGAUGAAGGGUCGAUGGCGUUCAAUCCAGCUUCUCCUAUGGCUUGCGGAGAGUUCGAUUACCAGCCGAAGGACGAGUUCGGUGGGUUGCGGGAGUUCCGGGACGAUUGCGGGGGCCCGCACCUCCAGCCCGCGGGGCUGCAGCAUCCGCCGGCGCACUCCGCCGUUCCCACUUACAAAUGGAUGCAAGUCAAGAGAAACGUUCCUAAACCUGCAGCGCCAAAGCUGAUGAUUCCCCCGGCGGAGUUCGUCGCGCAAGGCGUCAUGGGCAGCCCGCAAGAAGGCAUGCGCACCCCGACCGGCAGCCAGAUGCUGCCCAACUCCUUGCUCAACCUCAACAACACCGGCCGCACCAACUUCACCAACAAACAGCUCACAGAACUAGAAAAAGAAUUCCACUUCAACAAGUACCUUACCAGAGCGAGGAGGAUAGAGAUAGCCUCCGCCCUGCAACUAAACGAGACACAAGUCAAAAUAUGGUUCCAGAACAGACGCAUGAAACAGAAGAAGAGAAUCAAGGAAGGACUGAUCGUGGCCCCUGAGGUCCAAGCGGCAGUGUCAUCCGAUGUUGUUGGCUCCAGUGAGAACAGUCGAGAAUCGAGUUAGAAUGUGAACUUGAGAGACCUUUACUAGUUUUGUUAGUGUUGAAGUGAAGAAAUUUUAUCUAUUUAAGACUUUGUACAGAGCUUCCUUGUAUUUAAUUGUAGUUUGUGUAAGAUACUAAUAUUCUUUACCACACUCAUCACUAUUUUAGAAAAAUAUCUUAACUUAUUCUGCGUCAUUCUUAACCCUAUAACUCCCAUCGAGGAUAAAGAUUUCUGACUUUUCUAGAAGCUUAAAGUUGAGAGGUUCUAUUCAAAAGCCGCCUUAUGGCUGAACAUUUACUAUAUUAUACUAGUUUUCCGUAAAACAUCACAGCAUUAGAUUCAGGCCAAGCUAUAAAAAUCGUCGUAACUACAACAGCAUGGGAUAAUUUAAUAUACAGGGUGUAAACCUAAUACGGGCGAACCUUUUAACGGUGGUGAGUAUAGGACAUAAAAAAUGGAAUUAGAUAACUUUUACUUAAAAUUGAAAUAUUUUUUUUAUCCAUACAA